GAAGUACGUAGGGUCAUCUAUUCUGAUGAACAAGAAUGGUAACGAACAACAAACUACUACUGCCCACUAAUCUCGUCGUUACCACUGACUUUCGUAUAACGAAGAGGUUGGGUUCAUCAUCAUUUGGUUUAUUUCAGUUUCUUCCGUAAGCAGUUGCAUUCUAGAUUAGUGUCUUCUUUUUUUGACACUUGCUUUUGAAAGCUGCCUGCAUUAAUGACAAUGUAAGUUUCUCAUUGAAAAAACCAUAAAGAGUGGCCUUGCUCUUGUUCGUCUUCGACACGUUGGUUCAUUGCGAGGCUGUGGCGUCGCAGUUUCCAAGUGCAGCCUUCCAAGCGCAGCGUCGCAUUUUGCUCAUUCAUUCUCGAUGGAACAAUCGGAGGAACAACAACAACAGCAACAACUUACUCAAGCCUGUUCCUACAACUUACGAGCACUACCAGAUUUUUUUAGGAAUAUCAAACAGUAAAAGCCGGUCAAGCCUGUUCCUAUUGAAGUAGACCGGAGAGGACGCUGGUGUGUAGCAUAGAAGACCACGAAGACGAACAUCAUGCCUUCGCCCACCACAGAACAAAGGACGGGUCUAAGAGUGUCUGAAGACCUAGCCAAGGCUGACAAGCUCCUGGGGGAAAUGAUAUCUGGUAUUCGAGCGACAGCGGCAGCAGGAACUGCGGCAGCAGCAGAAGAUGGAGGAUGUAACAAUGCUUCCCCGGUUUCGAGUACCAUGGGCCCAUUUAUGCAGGCCAUGGCAGAUCGCAUGAGCCAGAAGAAUUUAUGUGCUGUAGUAGCUAUACUUAUUUUCGUCGCUGCUCAUACUGAUCGAUGAAGUUGUAGAGGAAAUGUUGUGAUUGUGAACACUAUAACCUAGAGAAAAGCGAGGCCGAGCCUCUUCGUAGUAAGCGCUCGGAAAUUUUCCCACUUGACAGGAGCUAACAGACUUUUUUCUUGCAAGACAUAGCCCUUCAUUGCUGCAAAACGCUGGUGGUCGGGCUGCUCCGAAAACUAGUGGGCAAGGCGGUGAGGUGAUUUGCGCUUCACCGAAUGUGAUGACCACAAUAUCUUCGAACGAAACUGGGGAGUACCAGCAACAAGCUUCUAGUUUAAAUGGAGGUGCGACGUCAACAGCAGAGAGCAGGUCAGGCAAGGCACCAAAGACUGAAACGGGCAAUCAGACUGUGACCAAGACUGUGUAAGGCUAAUCAGGAUUUCAGUAAAAUCAGAAGAAAGUUGGAACAAACUGAGAAUCACCAUGUUCUGAUUUGUCGUGGUGGAGUACUUCUACGCACUCCAUUUCUAACGAAUUAAAAACAAUGGGGAUAUCUCUAACUGUUGUACUUGUAUAAAUAUGUACCAGGGAGGAAAGCCCCUCCUGUGGAUGGAGCGGUGGAAGAAACUCUCCCAGUGAGGAGCCCGGACGCGGGAGGUCUGUAGGGUACACGCAACACGGCAAGGGGGUCAAGCCUUGCCACCUUUGCCGCCUUCGGAAGCCUUCCGCCCCCGGCCGUCGAUGCUUGAACGGCCUCAGGGGCUUGGUUUCUGUCGGGUCCAUGCAAGAAGCCGCGAGGGCGCGAAGGUGGGCGUUUGGAGGCCUUCCUCGAGAAACAGGGCCCGGGGCUGCAGCCCCCCCUCAAAAAUUUAGUUCGGCGGGGGAGCCUUCAGUCCUGAGCCCUGGGACAUAUAUAACUCCCGUAAUUUUGCAACUUCUUCAAAAAUUUAUAGGAUGAACCCAAAUCCUGUGCCGGAUUUUUUCAUUCUAGGAAAAAGAAGAAAGCGACCACAGUAUCGUCUCCGGCACAAACGGAGGAGGCCAAUGCAGAGGAGUGCCUUAAAAAUUGUUCACCAGAAGCUGCGCGAUUCGCUAUUAAUGCCAUUUUGCGGAAAGCAGGUAUGAGUAAACUGACUAGCGUGUCUUCUUGCUCAUGAGAGCAAAACUGCACCUAUGCCCAAUGCUACCUCUAGUUGACAGAGGACAGUAUUAUGGCUUGGACUUGGUUCUUGUUUUCCUUUUCCCCCGCGGUCCACUUCUUUUAGUCAAGGUUGUAACACCUUUAGUUUUACUGACACUUCUCGCUUUAGCUUUUCAUGUGAUAUCAUGGCCACGAGGUCGAAGUUGAAACAUCUGCUUAUCUAUCUUAUUCUUUCUCUUAUCAGCGGGUGCUCAUUGCGGAAGUCCGUUUGUGCUCGUGAAUGACAUCCAUAAUCGCACAGUGGAAGGCAUCCCCAUUGGGCCUAUUGACGGAAGGUACUUCUACUUAGUUGUACUGAGAAUGUGGGUAAUUCGUAUUCGAUUUCGACGGGAAAAAGAUACAACCUUGAAAACCCCAGUGCGUUGUUUGUUGUACCACUUGCUGAGAGAGGACAGAAAGUGCAAUGUAAUAUUUAUAUAUAAGUCGUAGCCAUCCUCUUUAAUAAAAAUCUGUUCCUGCGAAGAAUUUCUUUUCCACGAUUUGAUAAAUUUUUGUUGAUGAAUAUUUUUGCAGGAGUUCAGCAGAGUCGGUGAACAUGAGUGAAGCAAUCGAUCUGAUCAAGAUGAGUAUGGCCGCGAAACGGCGGGAGGAGGAGCUAAACAUGCUGCAUCAAGAUGCGUCAGGGGCCGGCGAGCACUCUGGUGGGAGUGAAGGCAAGUCGGGUCGAUUGCCGCACCAAAAAGAAGGAAGUAGCACAACUACUAAUGUUAUGAGCAGCCCACCAGGAAAAUCAAAUUCAAAAUAACGUCGUAAGUCAUCAAAUCCAUCUCCACUCAUCUCGAUCUCGCUUCUACACGUAGGAGAAGAAGGUAGGAACCUGGAGUAAGUAAACAGAAACGGUGACCAUGAUGAUCAGGAGCUCUUCAGGAAGUAGCCAUUAUUUCAUUUAUAACAACACGUCAUCUAAUGAAAGCUUCAGUUCUUGGAGAAGCAAGAAUAAACAAACAGUCGCGAAUAUGAAGAGGGAACAGGCGGCAAAGGGAGUUGCUCAAUCUGCAUCUGAACUUACGGCCGCUAUCGCUAAAGCAUCCUGAGGAUUAAUUUUCUUCGGCUCUUUUUCUAGUACUUGAAAGAUAAGCAAAAGAUGCUCUCCACGCGGAUGCUAACGCGCUAGCUCUAAGUCCAAACAUGAAAACGGGGAUAAGGGUGUCAUAAAAAAAAAGCAGAAGAAAAAAAAGAAGAAGACAAAGGCGUCCUCAAGAAAAGAGCAAGAAGAAGACCAGGAUGGAGAUCAUGCACUUGGAGAAGCAGGAAGGGACUAUCCGUCAAUUUUAUGGCAGAUGACUUGAUAGGGGACAGCAGCCAGGGGUGUUUCUAAUAAGUACAACUUUUUUUCCUUAUCAACGAACUUCAAGAAUCAUCAUGUAAUAACUUCAAUCUACUUAGUCCAUCCAUGUCCAUCACAUACUCGCCGUGCCUCUAUCCGCAUUCUUCACUGUCCGCCAGGACCACAACUUCUACACUUAGCACCGAUGUAAUUGAAAAAGCACGACUAGAUAUGUCUACUGCUUCUAACCUUAGCGUCAAAUCGCGAGACAGUUCAAGACAGCGAGUCGAUUGGUGCUGAUCCUACACCAAGGACACUACUGCGCCAAACCAGCACAACUUCGACUGUAUCUCAGCGCCUCUCUCACGAACAAACGCUAAUGAAGGGUAGCAUUACGGCCAAACUAUCUCUUCUGUUCCUUCAGCGUAAGAACAGAAGGAAAAGAAUCCUCUCAGCUUCUCUACCUAGUGUGAUAUUUAUACUACCUAUAGUUAAUAAUAAUAAAAAAGAUGGAACAAGUUUCUCGAGGGGGGUGGAAGAUACUGCUAGUAUUGUAAAGUAGAUAGAAAAACAAGGGGCAUGAUCAUUCUCUCCUGAAAAGUAUGAACUUCUCUAAUUAUAGCAGAAUCAACAAGUUGAGUACGCAAACCGAAACAACUAUCUCCAGUACGCCCGACCGGACAGCCUGCUCAUCCCUGAUGGAUUCGCGCCUCACGCUGAACGCAGCCUCAACAACUCGUGACUCUAUUAUGACACAUAGUUUUUCGGGAAUUAUUUUUACGUUCACAUUUAUUCUAACCACGACGUCUUCUAUUCGCACCGUUCUUUGUAAAGAUUCGCUUAUCUUCUUGGAGCUGGAAGCCAACGAGUCGCUUCAUCAACUGCAGCGAGUUACUUAAUCGAUAAUUAUUCGACUACAUCGUAAUAAAUUCCGUAACUGGAUAACAACCAAGAGGUUACUUGGCCCCUCACGAAGAAUGGUUAGAUCAUGAUCAAUCAAGUACAACUACAUCUCUGUGGAGGUCCCUCCGGAAUCCAACGUGGAAGGUUGUUCCUUCUAAAAGGGAGGAUAGCAGUCUUUACUCCGCUUCCGGUUCGAUAAUAAAUGGAAAACUGUCUCAGAGGCAGCGGAAAAAAAUUGCGGCGACACGUGGGAUGUCGCUGCAAGAGACGUUUGACAGCAUUGCUACCGAGUUUCGCAAAUCACAAGGCUUAGUAGAUAAAUCAUCCAGUUGCAUGCUUAACGGCUCAACCUCAAGAACCACGACCACGACGACCGUAACUGCUGGUGCCAGUGGAAAUAGAGAUAAGAGUGCUGUAACAUCACGAGCACCACGAAUUACAUCGCAGGACGGACCACAGGACGAGAUGAGUUUGAAAAAUCGUUAAGGCCCCUGAAAUGUAAUCUCCAUCUCGUACAUCAAGUUGAUGUAGCUCAUCCAGUUCCACAGAUCGAUGAUUGAAUCUGGUGGAAUAAGUGGUCCUUGAUAUUACCCUUCGUUCUUAGUACACUUCUAUUUAAGAUUUUGCUGGGAAGAUGUAGCAUUCUAAAUCUACUCGUUACGUAAAAAAUUAUGAAAGAUGCCAAAAAGAGCUGCAUGAUUGGGUAUAUUUUUGAGAAAUCAGAACGAAUUAGUCAUUAAUACACGGUCCGUCUAUCCGCCCGCUUUCAUACAGCUGGUAGUUGCUCUACCUACAGCACUGCAGACACGACCAGAGGAUCAUCAGACAGUUCGGACUUAGCAUUCAAGGACUCCGGGAAAAAAGUUUGCGAUCACGAAGUAGAACUAGGACCUGAAGCCGAGGAAAUUAUUGAGCGCGCACUCAAUGGCGACAAAAUUGGUAACUCCUACCUAUUUUCUUGAAGAAUUUUAAUCUUGCUAGAGUGUGACUCAUUUUUACCAUCAUCCUCGGAGUUGAGCUAGGAGUCCGGGGGGCUCAAUGCGCAGGAUCCUCAACCAAACCUAACCUAACCUCACUUGGCCAAUGAAGACGAAAGACCACUUUUGGAAAGUGUAGUUUUUUAGCACCUGAUGAAAUCGAUAGAAACUCCGAGUCUGCCGGAUGCAUUAUGGUCAAUUGUAGGUAAAAAUCACAAAAUACCACUUGUACUUCUACUUGUCUAAUUAACGACAGCCCAAGUUCUUUGCAAAGCGAAUAAAGUGCUACUUGCGGCCGUUCGGCAACGCAAAGGAUCGGAGAAGGCUCGUGCAGAUAGAGGCUCGGCGGUGGCACCACUUGCAUCGUAGGAGGUGGACACCAUCAUAGGCAAGCUUCGUUUUCAAGGAGAAUUUACAAACCAACUUACUUUUGACGUUAUGGACGUUGUUGAGUAGUUGACGAGUCCGUGUUGUGAGCAAGAUGAACAAUCAGGAGUUGAAUGCUGUGCGGAAAACCGGAUGGUGCGACGGGGACUCGGAGGUGCUUAGCAACACAUUAUCGUCUACUUAGUUCUAGCACGUCUAGUAGUGUAAAAAGUCCUCCAGGUGCUGCAUCGUCUUCAGCACAUUAGCCGAUCAUCUUGCUGACCUUCUUGUAGUGGUUGACCCCAUUGAAGAUAAGAACUUCUGACUGUUCUGGUUCUGUGUUUGAUAGAUAUCUGGGUAGAUUGAAGAAAGUAACGGAGACGCUUUCGAAAGUCAUUCCGCGUGUUUAGACAGUGUCGUAUGUAAAAUCCAGGAAUUCUUCCUUUUAUUACAAAAUGUGUUAGCAUACACUUCUGAGUAUGUUACCUAUAAUUUCAUUAUUCAUUAUCUUCUUCGGCCCGGUUGGUCCUCCUCGUUUCUUGGACUGAUCUUCUCGAUGAUACUUGCUUUCCCGUUUCUGACUUUGAGGGUCCCCCUUGUAAAUAGUUUCCCCCAAUGAGGUAUUGCCCAGAUUCACGUAGAUGUAUAACUAAUGAUGACUGACGGUGUGAUUUGUUGAGAAUAUUAUGCCUCCAUAUACAACAUAGAACAACACGAGUUCUUUUCUCAGGAGAAUUUGCCGUUUGUUCUUAAUAAUAAAUACACAUUCGCUAUGGUCAUGGUGAAACUGUACAUGUACUCCGUCAGGAGAUUGUUAAUGAUUUGGGUACAUUAGAGUAAUCUAAAUCUUCAGCUUAGAUAAUAAAUCGAGCGAGAAGAUGAUGUUCUAGAGGAUGAAUAAAGUGAUCAUAUUUCGUUAUUGUACCUACUUUGCGAACUGCAUCUUCAGUACUACACGAGGUAUGUGUGGCUACUGCAGCCUUGAAACAAGAUGGGCUAGCAACAUCGACUGCUACGACCCUGUAUGUCGUGAAAACAACGCAUCGUAAUAAAUUUAUGAUCAAUCUUCAGAAACACGUAAACCCAAGCGGAAGGAACAAAUUUGAACAUCAAGAAGCGCAAACCUGAAAAAUGAG